GAGAGAGAGAGAGAGAAACUCCAGCUCAGUCCUGAGAGAGAGAGAGAGAGAGAGAGACCGUCUGUGACCUGCGCUCAGUUGGAUUUCUCACGUGUGAACAGGUCAACAGGAGGAGGAGGAGCAGGAGGAGAGGAGGCUGCUGUGGACAGUGAGGAGGAGACAGAGCUGCAGGAUGUGAGACGACCUGGAGGAGAUUCUUCCACCGCGGGUUGACCAAUGUCUGUGUGAUUCUAAUGAGGCUCUUCAGGCUCUGGGAUGUACAAGAUGUUGCUGUGUUCCUCAGCAUCGCAUCAUAUAUCUGUGACCUAGCCGGAGCCAUCUCCAUCCACUCUCCUCAGAGGAGCCUCGCCAGGGCAGUGCAGGAGGAUGUGUUCUUCUCAGUGGACGUUUCCUCCAACGGGGUCCCCACCAUACAAUGGAACUUUAUGUCCGGAGCGGUGAGCCGCACCAUAGGGACUUGGCAGCCCGGUGUGUUCACCAACAUCACGGAGGAUUACAGCAGCAGAGUGCAGUCCUACGACAACGGCUCCAUGGGCCUGUCGGACCUGCGGCUGCAGGACGGAGGAUACUACGUGGUGACGGUUACUGAAACAGAAGGAAGCAGCAAGGACACCGGGUUCGUCCUGAAAGUGAACGAGGCGCUGUACGAGGAUCUUCAGUAUCUGUCCGUCUCUGCUCUGGCCCUGGCCUGCGUGGCCACUCUGCUCAUGCUCCUCAUGUGGCUGCUGGACAAGGCGUACAGGAGGAUCGUGGCGUGGAGACGCAGGAGACAGAUGCCAGAAACUAAUGCGACGGAGCUGCAGCAGCUUUGAGGGACGAGCCUCCAACCAAACAUGAAAACCCACCAGAGCUGCAACUCCCAACUGAGGAUUUUAAAUGUUACUGCUGAAUGUAAAUAUUUCCCUCAUGGGAUUAGAAAAAAGUACAAACUGUAUUUAUUGUCUGAGGAAAUGAAAUGUGUGAUUUUUCUUCCUUCAUCCAAACGUGACUCAGUCGUUGAAAGAACGACGACUCGUUCAACAGGUCGUCUGCUGACAGGAAACUUCUCAGGUCUUCAGUGGUUGUUUGUAAAAAGUAAAGUGAAAUAUUUCUGUGGUGAUCACUGUUGAUAUCAUGGCCUCAAACAAAUAAAUGUAAAGAAACUAACAAGAGUAAAAA